GUAUAAGUUAUCAGCGCCAUUUGUAUCGCUGUCACUCUAAUUAAAGAAGUAUCUUUAUUGGUCGGUGAAAGUGAGCUAGCAUAGCAUCAGGCGCCAGCAGUAAUGCGCAGCAUGCAGCUAGCUAGUAGUUCUUAUUGAUGACCGCUCAUGGUCACUCCUACUAGUCUUCGUUGCUGCUCAUGGCAGUUUGACUGGAACGUGGACGGCUUCGUCAGGGUUUAAAACAAACAAAAAAACAACAACCAAAAACCUCCACGACGCGAGGCAAAUGUGGCGUAUUUUGAGUUGAUAUUGGAAGUUAGCUCAAAGGCACAAUACAAUGAUGGGGCGCGCGAGCUAGCGCCAAAGAGGUGAACAUCGUCAGUGUUGGCAUUUUCUCAACAAAAGCAGGAUGUGCGGAGUGUCGGGAUGACAGGAAGAUGGCAAACGGCGUUGGGAAACACAAGCUGCUUGUCAUAGGACCAACAGAACCAUGGUCCGCCAGGGAGAAGCUGUGUUUGGCCACAUCUGUCAUGAAGAGCGGAGACCAAAACUGGGUCUCUGUCAGCCGAGCCAUCAAACCAUUUGCAGAACCUGGGCGUCCACCUGACUGGUUUUCGCAAAAGCACUGUGCCUCCAAAUACUCUGAGCUACUGGAAAACACUGACGCCCCAAAGAGGAAGCGAGGCGAGAGAGGGGAGGUGGUUGAGACAGUGGGAGACGUGAUAGUUCGCAGGCUGACAGCUCAAAGGAUUGAUGAAUUAAAUAAGUUGAUCAAGCAAACCCAAGAGGAACACAGGAAGCUGAAAAGGGAGUCACAACUCAUUCAAGCUGGUCAUCUGGACUCCAAACUGGAAGAAUUAUGGAAGGAAAUUCAGCGAAAACAGAAGCAGGAAGAAGAAGAAGCAGAUUUGAAAAGGAAAAGCACAGAUGCUGCCUAUCAGGCCAGACAGGUAGCAAAGAACAUACCUCGGCGUGUAGCGGGGGCUAUCAUGCAUUCGCCGUCUGGUUGUAACUCACCUAGCGUGGAGUUUUCAUCCGGUGAUCCUCUGCCGUGUUUGACUGCGGAUUUUCCCUGCACAAAAGAUGCUUCAGGAUCCUCCAGGUUGUUGUCAUUUGCAGACUCCUGCAACGAGAACCCCUCCUUUAUGGAUGACACCACUCAAAGGAAGCUCUUGGCCCAGCGAGGCACUCCGCCUCCUUCACCACUGCUCUCUGAACUACUGAAGAAAGGCAACAUCUUGGCAACAACAUCCAGACUGACUGGAGAGCGUGACAUGUCUACUGGUAAUAUGACAGCAGCACAUGACUUGCCGUUGGCUCUGCCCUGUCAACCCUUUUCUCCUGCAUCAGGUGCUCCCAUGUUGUCUCGUCUCCUGGAGAAGAGUCCCAACCAAUUCUCAGCCCAGUUAGGCUUCAUGGUCAGCACUGAUUCUACCUGUGGCACCACUACGGCCCCUGUGAAGACUGUUGUCUCAGCAUGUUCAGAUGUGGAUGCGAUGGUGCCCUCUGUGUCCCUUGUGCGCCAGCAUCCGACUCCAGGUGUUAAAAUAUCAGAGCUGAGCGAGGAGGAUGUGACAGUUUCCUACAUGGGAGAUGAACUAGACCUGAAGACAGUGGGGGACAUCAUCGCCAUCAUUGAGGACAAGGCUGCAGAUGCUUUAGAUGCGGCCGCAGUAGAGGCUGCUCUCUUCCUGUGCGAAGAGAACAGCCACACACUUCAGGGCGCCUGGCAGGCCGAGUCCUUCCACACUCAAGAGGCUCACCGCUCAGGGUCCACGGGUGUCCCGCUGUCCUCAUUUCUCUCUAGUCUGACAGGGAAGACAGAAGACUUGGAUGUUGAAAGCCAAACUUCAGCUUCUGCAUGCAGCAGGCAGGACAACUGCGAAGCGGCAACCCCAGCGGGACUUAGCAGCAUUCUGACCACCUCCUUGACCUCAUGCAAUUCCAGGGACUUGGCGAGCUGCCAGAGCGGAGCACCUGCUAAGCCUGAGGCUAGGAGAGACGCAGGAGAGACGGUGCACCACAAAAGCUACAUUUCUUUGGAAGAGAAGUGGGCUCAGCAAAGACCUGAUAACCCCUGUGAAGAAUCAGCGUUAAAAGACUGCCCAGUGACAGAAAGCCAUGAGAUGGAGAUGGAGGAGGAAAGUAAAAUAUGUGUCGCCAGCACAGAAAAAUCCUCAGGGACUAAUGUGGAUAAUGAGGUCAACGGGCCAGAAGAUGAUGAGGAAGAAGAUGAUGGAGACGAGGUGGAGGAGUUUUCGUCAGAGGCUGAUGGCGAGAUGGAGAUGGAGCGUGCAGCCAGCGAGAGUGAGGACGCAUGCAGCCUCCACACUGCUUCAUCAUCGCUGCAGCUCCACACCAUGGCCGACUCCAUCCCUAGCAGCCCUGCCUCAUCACUGUUCUCCAUGUGCAGUGAGGAUCUGGAGGCUCUGCAGGCUCACAAAAUCUGGAAGAAGGCCAUCAUGUUGGUUUGGCGGGCAGCAGCCAAUCACAGAUAUGCAAAUGUCUUCCUUCAACCGGUGACAGAAGAAAUUGCACCAGGAUAUCAUAGCAUUGUGCACAGGCCCAUGGACCUGGCCACCAUCAAGAAGAACAUCGAGAGUGGUUCCAUGCGAACCACGGCUGAGUUCCAGCGGGACAUCAUGCUGAUGUUUCAGAACGCCGUCAUGUAUAACAGCCUGGAUCACGACGUGUAUCACAUGGCUGUAGAGAUGCAGCGAGACGUACUGGAGCAGAUCCAGCAGUUUCUGGCCACCCAGCUCAUCAUGGAGACCUCAGAGUCCGGUAUAAGUGCCAAGAACCUGAGGGGCCGUGAGGGUCUACGAAGGCAGGACUCCACUGACAAGGACGCAUUCUCCAUGUCCUCUCCUGCUUUUCUGCUAUCACUCUUCGAUGGUGGCACCAGAGGGCGCCGGUGUGCCAUUGAAGCUGACCUUAAAAUGAAGAAGUGAACAAAAACCUCUGAACAGUGUUAAAAGUGGUAAGGUAAUACUUCCAAGAAACAAACUGAAAAGAUUCCCCCUUUGCGUCAUGUGUGGCGUAAUCCUCAAUGUGCUCUUCAUAUUCUGAGCUGCAGCAGACUGAUGUGGGGAAGCUCCUAUGUUGCAGAAAUGGAUUACACGUAAUCCCAGAUUACAAAAGGGGAUUCCGAAUGAGUUGGUCAAAAGCUUGCGAUUGCUGCACAUCACUCCGAGCCUUCUCACUGGCCAGUACAUCAGGUUAUAGAAAUGAACUUAAAAAUGUUUCUCGAAGCCUCAAAAUCAAUUAAAACAGGCAGGUCCACAUUAGUGGUGGGCUGUGAAAAUGCACUAACUGUAAUGACAAUGAUGUGUGUGACAACAGGCGCCAAAGAGUGAUUAGCGUAACUUUUUGGUAGUCUGCACGAUAAAAAUGUUGCAAAGAAUGGUAGAACAAAUAUUUUUGUUUUCUAAUUUUAACAAUCUUGAAAUAAUUUUGAAUAAUGUAUAUUUUGUGGUUGUUUUGAGCCUACCUAACAAUGUUUUAGUCGAACCGUAUUGUGGAUAUUUUCUCUGUUAACUGUGUGUUUUGUGGCUGUGACAAUAUUGGAAUCCAUACUUUUAAACAAUAAAUUUAUUUGCUUGUA